CUUUUUCGCUAGCGCGUGAAAGCUGACGGUUAUGUCUAUAAGCCUGUCCUGAACGAACUGCUUGUGGGCUUUCUUGCCAAUUUCAUCAGACAUUAGAAUGUCAUUAUCCACAUUCGAGGGCACGGGAGCACCGGAUGACGGACAAUACAGCGUGUCCUUAUCUUCAAUUGUGAAAGGAUUAAUAAAAUUAUUUAUCGCUUCCAUGACGCAACACGUGUCUUGCUCACUCUUCAAUAUCUGCGAACAUCUUACCUCCUUAUGCUAGGUAGACUUCAGAGUUUCGAUAUUCGCUAUCUUUUUGGUUGCCUCCAGAUAGCUUGCUCUUGCAUGUCUAGUGCGCCACCAUCUGUAGUAAGCAGAACGGUUCCGGCUAAAACCAACAAUUUCGCUGUGAGAUUUUGCAUGACGGUUAAUUGUUUGCUCAAUUGUUAUGUCAACAUUGGCAUUUGGCAUUUCUAGAUGAUGGAACAUCUGAUCUGUUAACACUAAAGCCAUUGUUCUUCAACAGAUCCUCUGCUCCUGGAUGCGUUUUUUCCGGGUUCAACUUAUUCAACAAGUAGAAUGCAGAGUAUCUUGCAUAGUUUGGGUGAUCGAAGCUGAAAAACAUGCUGCACAUUCUUUGGAGGCUUGCUAGGUGAAGCGCCAGGCAAUUCUCUUUAGCCGCUCGAUGGAACUGUAGAAUCAGGCCUACCUUUUCCAUGUAGCUCCACACAUGUCCAAUAUACACAAACGGAUACGAAUUGUCAAACCGAUGGUCCAUUCGUACCAAUGGUAGGAUUGUUACCAAUAGGAAAGGAUGUCAUUCCAAUGGUUCUGUUGGUGAAUAUACAUCUCAUUAAGGGGACUUUGAUUAUUUUCCCAUGUGACCUGGCUGGGUACAGGGCAAUUCCAAUGGUCCAUUGGUACCAAUGGUACGAUUUGUACCAAUGGAAAAGCACCCUAUUCCAAUGGUUCUAUUGGUGAAUAUGCAUCUCAUUAAGGGGACUUAGAUUAUUUUCUGAUGUGGUGUAGCUGGGUACAGGGCAAUUCCAAGGGUCCAUUGGUACCAAUGGUACGAUUGGUACCAAUAGAAAAGCAUUCUAUUCCAAUGGUUCUAUUGGUGAAUAUGCAUCUCAUUAAGGGGACUUAGAUUAUUUCCUCAUGUGGUCUGGCUGGGUACAGGGCAAUUCCAAUGGUCCAUUGGUAACAACAGAAAAUGAUGCCAUACCAAAACUGAGCUGUCUUGCCAAGCGCGCCCUGCCGAACAGUUUCUUUGAAUUUAUCAUAACGGUCUAGGGAGUUGUUACAGCUUUCACUUGCUAAACAUUCUAAAAGGUUAUGUUUGCACGGGUUCUUCGCUAGAUGGUCUAAUGUUGUAAACCCUUGCUUAUCAAAAAGACAACCAUGCAACGACUCGUAGACCUGAAGAAUUUGUUCCAAAGCUUCGUAGACAACCUUGCGCAUGCGAAGGGCGUGGUUAUAAUGUUUGCCUGUGAAAACUUGCUCUAUCAAUUCACUUGCACAGAUCCCUGAUUCGAUGAGGACUUCUUCAAAACCACUACAUCUCAUUUUCUUUCCAAGGGCACCCAUGAAUGCGCAGGUAAAAUGAAAACUACUCAUACGUACAAUUACAUCACUGAAUUCUUCUGAAUAUUAAUCUGAGUCUCAAAGGAUUGUGGGACAGGAAAAAAGGUGGACUGUGCCCCAUGGGAUAUCAAAUAGAGAAGUACGAUAUGCGUCUUGAAAUAUAAUCCACAAAAUGAUUAACUACUUUUUUUGUUACAGCUAAUGUACCAUAAAAAGCUUGAAGAAGAUUAUUAAAUGCAGUGCUGUGGAAAAGUUAUUGUGCUUUACUUUAGAGGACCUUAUAAAGCGCUGUUAACACCUUUUCGGCUUGGAAAUAUCGCAUAAGUAGCAAACUAAGGAUUAGUCAUCAUUCAGUAGCUAGUACAUUCUCAUUGGCCAGUAACUACCAAAAUUUCACGUAGGUUAGACAUUUUAGAGAGAUUUUUUUUUUAUUAGAACUAUCGUAACAGGUGUUAGUUACGUACCCAAGUAGAUGGUAAAUUAAACUUGUGACAUGCGCAGUAAGAGUUUUUGGAGCUUAAAAGUUAAGUAGAAAAUUUUAACUUACAUAUGAGAUUUAAAAAAUACUUUACAUUAAAUAACUUUGAGUGUUAUUUUUGUCAGUAAUGGUGUUUCAGAAGAGGUUAACUUACCUCUUGGUGUGGGUAACCUGUGACUCUUUGCUGAGGAAAAGAAUGUUGCUGCACAGCCACACCCACCAACCAAUUAAGUGCAAACAUGCAUUUUUCAAAUAUCCUUGGGUGAAGCUUUGAAGUGAUACAUGUCUGCAAAAAUCCCCGAGGGGGGGGAGGGUUUCACUUUCUGGCCCAUGGACUAAAAGG